AUUUGUACUGAAAUGAAAACCACGAGAAAAGUUAAGAUCAAUAUUUUCGUUUACAACGUCAUUUGUAAUAACUCGAGUUGAAGUAACGUAAACUAUUUCGAUAUUCAUUCUGGAAAAAAUAAAAGAUAACGGUUUUAAACCAGAAAUACUUUGAAAUCGGGAGUCAACUAAGUGAAUAGAUAUUCGGAUAACGCUUGGAGAUACUGAAUUAGAAAUAGAUCUGUUAAUUUUGUAAUCUUUAAUUAAAUACAAAAAGUACUGAAUGGCUGAAUUCUCUAGCAAAGUUCUUGAGUAUGAAAGAUUUGUAAAUGAAAAGUUAAAAGAAGAUCUGAGAUUAAUUCUGGAACAAAGGGAUAAAACUUACGGACAAAUUGCAGAAUAUUUGCAGCUUAAAACAACCAUUGAAAAAAUAAAAGAAAGCAAGCAAACAGAAGGUUUAAAGACAAAAGUUGAUAUUGGAUGCAAUUUUUAUGUUCAAGCGAACGUUCCAGAUUCUUCAAGAAUCUAUGUUUUCAUAGGAUUUGGGUUCUUUUUAGAAAUGACACUUGAUGAAGCACUAAAGUUUAUAGGGAAAAGGACCAAAUUACUGAAUGAGCACACUGAUAGACUAACAGAUGAUGCCGCUAAAGUGAAGGCAAAUAUACGGCUAGUCCUUGAAGGUUUGAGGGAAUUACAACAAAUAAAAAAUGAACCAGAGACGCAAAGAAGAGAGAUGUAA